GCAAAAAUUUGAAGGGGUUGAGAAAUUGAGUCUAAAGGGUAUAUUCGGCAUUUGAGUUGAAUUAGCUCUGGCAGGAGCGUUUAUGGGUUUGGCAAUAACACUAACACCCGCAAUUUGAAAAUCAAAGAGGGAAAUUCGCGAAAAGAAGAAAAAUGGAUUACAGUCUGGCAGCACUGAAGCUGCUCUGCGUGCAACUGAAGAGCGCCGUCCAAACGCCGUCGCAGAACUCUUUCACUCUCGGCGGCAUUCUCUUCCAACGCGCUUGGUUACAGGGCAUUCUCGUCUCUGCACCUUGCUCCACCGAUAGUGGUGGGAAUGGACAAUUCCUCCUUGACGAUGGAACCGGCGUAAUUGAGCUAAUACUCUCCGGAGACUUUCGCAGCCGCCGUUGGGAAGCAGGUCGGUCAAUUAGUUUUCUA